CCAAACACUCUGCCAGUCAGGCAUGGUCCACCAGUGCAGGAGCUAUGAUCUGAGCCCCCAAUGUACCUGGUGGCUGCACUAUAAGCAGGUGCCACCAGGUUGGAGCCCUGGGAGAGGCCAGCAGACCAAGAGGUGCCCAGGUCAAACGAGCCCCAUCCCAUGGGCAAUAUUACCCUGCAGAGUUAAGGUCCAACAGUUCCCCUAGGGUUCAAGUCUCCUAUGGGAGCAAGUUGAGCCUAGGAGUAUGGGUAACCCUGGCUGAGUGGUUCACUACAGAUGUUCCAGACCAAACUGUCUGGGCUUCAUGCCAGCAGGAGCUCUACUUCUAUCACUUUUCUAAACAGGUCUUUCUGUCAAUUCAAGUGUCUAUGGUGGUCCAGGUCUUCUCCUGCUGGGAUUUCAGAAACUGGAUUGCUCCUUGCCUGUUUAACCCAUCCCUUUGCAGGAGUCGUUGGUGGCCAGCAAUGAGUUCUAGUGUUCCAUUAGUUCCGUGCAGGGUUCACAUCUUCCUCCUCCUUCAGCCCAGCAUCUUCUUCCCUCCAUCUGCUCUCAAUGCCUUCAGAGGCUAGCAGUGUGCCAGCCUUUUCAAUGUCCGGGUCUCUCAGUAGAAGAUACUCCUCCUGGCUGUGUCUAGUUGACUCUCUUGGAGGAGAAAUCCAUGACUGAAAAUCUAUUUGCAGCAAAACCUAUUUCAUAACUCAAAAGCUUGGGCUGUUGGGAAUUUUAAAUUCAACCACACUUAAUUGAGGCUUUAAUUAUGCUAUUCAGUUCUGGUGCUUUGAUACAUUACAGCAGUAUCAUGGAUACUGACCCCACCUUUGCUAACUGUGUGCCACAAAACUCCUUGACUUAAAUGAUAUUUGCAUGUCAAGUCCCCAGGCCUAACAUUGCCUUCAUACUCCACGUGUGGCUCAGCCUCAUUAUAAUACCAUAGAGCCACAAAAAUAAGACCCAAAUCAACUCAAGUUUGUGAUCAUUUGAAAAAGAUGUCCCAUAUCACAGUUCCAGUUUCAGUUUCACAUUAUAGAUUAUAUUGCUUCAGCCCAACUUUGACCUUGAAGAUGACUUUGCCCCUUUUCCCAGAAACAACUUCACCCAGGAUACUGAGAUCACUACCCCAGAAACAUACAUAUGCUGGAUUUCCUAAGGAGCUGAAAAAUUGGACACAGAACAUUUAUCAUUUUACUUCCUUUGAUAAGAGAAAUUGUUUCAUUCCCUGAAUUUAGCAUUUGCUUAGUUCAUACUCUUAUUCUCUGCCAAAAUGUACCUCUUUAUACUUCCACACCUAAAGAAAUAUCUGGUAGAGUGUACUAGUCUUUGUGCCAUUUUAAUAAUUAAUGAGAUUAUUUGUUUUUCCAGGAAGUAACUGCCACAUAUGGGUUCACCCCUCAACCCCCCAGAGAGAGGACCUCCCAUUGCUCACUACCUCCUCUGACACUGUCCACUCCAGUUUGCUACCGCAACGUCCUGCCCUGCAUCCAUGACCACAGCUGCUGCCUCUUCCCCUAGGUCACAAACGUCACUAAUCUUUACAUACGUCUUACUUAACUAACUUCAUACUCUCCAAAAAUGUAAUUGUUGGACCUGCCACCUUGAACCCUGGAAUAUACCAUGAGAUUACUAUCACACACACAAAAAUAUAGCUCAUGUUUUAACAUACUUUAACUCAAUUAGUAUAUUGUUGGAGAUCCUGGAAAUCCCAGAUCUGUUUUCUUGGCUAAGGCCAUACAAUGUGAAACUUGGUUAUGAACCAGGCUACAAGGACUCCUUAUACUCCUACUUGUUUUCCUCCUUUUUAAGGAAAAAAUAAUAAAAUUCAUUUAUGCUAUUUAGGCCAAUGUAUGCACUACUCUAAAAGUCUUCUCUACAAUUUAGGCCACUCAAAUACGUCAAGUAAUCAAGCUUAACAUUAAUGUGGAGAUCAAUAGGUCAAUUUUUACUAGUUUUCAUGUCAAAAAAAUGCCUUUUAGUCCCAGUUUUGAGCCCCUAAUGGUUAGUCAGCUCCCCAUUUGAAUAUCUGACAGACAGCUAUGUCCCAGAGCUAGCGAAGUCAUUCAAAUUAGCUUAUGCACAGGGUUUUCAGGAAACCUAAUCCUGCUCCAAUUGCCAUAUAUAAGGUAUUCUCUACAGCUCCAGUGUGUUGUUACCCAGUCCGUGUGUGCAGUCACUGUGCAGCCCUACAUAAAAGUCUUUUGUUUGGAGCUGUAAGUAACAAAGAGGUUUGCCUUUCAUCUAUCCAAGAUAGUCUUUGUGUUGGGUCCUGUCAUCAAAAGAAUCUUUAAUCUCAUAAAACAGGAGGGAAGAAUCUUUGCUUCUAUCCUAGUUUACAAUGGUUUUCUGGCAACAUUUGGUUUUCUUUGGCUUGUAGAAGAAGCAUCACUCUGAUCUCUGCCUUUGUCUUUACAUGGUGUUCCUAUGUAUGCACCCAGUUUUCCUCUUGUUAUAAGGACACCAUAAGAAGCUAAGAAGUGCAAAAGAAGAGAAAAAGAAUAAACCAAAGACACCAGUUAUAUUGGAUUAGGGACCAAUCUAUUUCAGGAUGGCCACAUCUUAACUAAUUAUAUCUGCAAUGACCCUAUUUCCAAAUAAGGUCAUCUUCUGAGGCACUGGGGAUUAGAAUUUCAACAAAUAAAUGUUGGUGAGGAGUGCACUAUUCAACUCAUGACUGAAAGUACUUAUUAAAGACACACAUAUCUUAUAACACACUUAUAAACCAACGACUUAAUUCCUAGGUAUAUAUCCAAGAAAAUGAAUGUACACAUAGACGAAAAAUUAUGUACAAAAAAAGAAUAUUCUUAGUUUUAUAUUAGCCCCAAACUGGGACAAUCUAAAUUUACAGAAAAAGGAAUAAAUUGUGAUAUAGUUAUUAAAAUUUGCUAUACAGCAUUAACAAACUAUGCAAAGAAUUUCAUGUAUGUGAAGUUCAAAAGCUGUCAGAAUGAAUUAAUGCUAUUAGAAGUCUAAGUAGUGUUUAUCUCUGGAGGAGAAGAUAUGAGCCCAGAGGGAACAAAGGAAAUUUUGAGUAAUAAAAAUUAUCGACACUUUGGUUUUGGAAGUAAUUGGAUGAGUGCACAUAUAUGUUAAAAAUUCAUCAAACUGUAUACUCAAGAUAUGUUCAUUUUACCAUACGUAAUUUAUACUCUCAAAAUGCUGCUUUUCAAAUUAAUUGUUAUAUAAUUAAUCUUGUUACUUCAGUGCUGUGGGAGAAGCAAUAAGUAGUAAGCACUGUUUUUUUUGGUAUAUUACUCAGCAAAAUGCACUAACACUUUCUGUCAGUGGCUAAUCAGUCAAAAACAUAUGCAAUAAAAGCAGAAGUUAAAGAUCAGCAAGAUGAUGAAGAAACAUGUUUUGCAAUCCUGUUGAAAAGAGAACAAACAAAAGUGACCAAGAGAAACAGACUGUCUGUUGAUUGAUUUAAAGUGGAUUUAUGUUUAAGUAGAAAACUACUCCAAAUGCAUACGUGGGGAAAGAUGCCCGCUUCAAUGUUACUGAUCUCCAUCGUUAUCAUGGUAUCUGCUUCAGAUAAUAAUUCCUGUCUGAUGACACAACCGGAAAUGCAGAGCCAGAGAAUAUUUCUUAAUGAAGUUUCAAGUAGUUCAUGUAUGGAUGAAAAGCAGAUGACACGGAACAAUUCAACAGUUUUCCGAGAAGUUAACACUUCAUGUCCUAUACUGAUGGGUAAAAAUGCUGUGCUUUGCUGCCCUCCUAUUGCAUUAAAAUAUUUGAUCAUAAUAACAUGGGAAAUAAUCCUGAGAGGCCAGCCUUCCUGUAAAAAAGGCUACAGGAAAGAAACAAAUGAGACCAAGGAAAACAACUGUACUGAUGAGAGAAUAACCUGGGUCUCUAGACCUGAUCAGAAUCCUGCCCUUUAGAUUCAUCCAGUGGCCAUCACUCAUGACGGGUAUUACAGAUGCAUAAAGAGAGCACCUGAUGGGAAUUUCCAUCGUGGAUAUCACCUCCAAGUGUUAGUUACUCCUGAAGUGACCCUGUUUCAAAGUAGGAAUGGAACUGUAGUAUGCAAGGCAGUUGCAGGGAAGCCAGCUGCACAGAUCUCCUGGAUCCCAGAGGGGGAUUGUGUCACUGAGCAAGAAUACUGGGGCAAUGGCACAGUGACUGUUAAGAGUGCAUGCCACUGGGAGGGCCACGAUGUGUCUACCGUGACCUGCCCUGUCUCCCAUUUGACUGGCAACAAAAGUCAGUUCAUAAAGUUGAAUUCAGGUCUCAGAACCUCAGGAUCUCCAGCGUUGUUCUCCUUACUGAUCAUUCUUUAUAUGAACUCUCUUUUUGUGGUGAUUCUGGUCAUCACGGGGUUUGUUUUCUUCCAGAGGAUAAAUGAUGUCAGGUAGGAACUGCAGCCUGAAAAGCAAGACACAGUAGGAAAAAAAAAUCAUUGUAACAUUUUGAGUUUACAAUGUACUGGGAAAAGCUUGACACUCUUUUGGUAUAUUGUAUUCUCCCUCCAGCCCCUUCUUUAAUGUGAAGGCAUCAGUAAAACUGACAGCCCAGGCAGAUGUGCCUGCAGCACUGGGGCAAGGACUUCUGCUUCUCUGUGGCUUUGAUCUAGGAGAAGUGGCCUAGCCCACAGCUUGAGAAUGUGCUGGGGGAAAUAAAGUUUCUGGGGCUUCUCAAAUGUUUCUGUCAAAUUUCUCUGUUAAGGGCUUGUGUUCAUUCCUGCUUAAUCAUAUAUUCUAUGUGUUUUUUCCUCCCAAAGAAUGAAAGUCGAAGGAGCCGGAAGUCAACUUAUAUUUGAGACAUCACAAAAAAGCAGCCAUUUGCAGUAAGCCUUCAUGUUCAAAGUCUAUCUUAACUUCUGUGACUUGAUGUGAUAGUUACUGAUAUGGUUUGGUGCCAAAUUUCAUCUCAAAUUGUAAUCCCCACAUGUUGAGAGAGGGACUUGGCGUAGGUGAUUGGAUCAUGGGGGCGGUUUCCCCCAUGAUGUUCUCGUGACAGUGAGAAAGUUUCCACAACGUCUGAUGGUUUUAUACGUGGCAGUUUCCCCUGCUCGCUCUCCCAUCCGCCACCAUAUAAGACAUGCCUUGCUUCCCCUUGCCAUCUGCUGUGACUGUAAGUCUCUUGGGACAUCUCAAGCCAUGUGGAACUGUGAGUAAAUUAAACCUCUUUUCUUCAUAAA